GAAUUCUAUUCUGAAUUACAUCUAAACUAAAUCCAACUCUUCAGCAAUUGAUCUUAUUAUGAUGUUUACAAGUAGCAACAUGUCGGACUUACUAGACCAUCUACUGAAUGGAGUCUAUAAGCCGCAUGUAGGUACGCAUUCAGAUUCCAUAGCAGCACAGAGUCUAUCACAGAGUCUAUCAUAGAGUCUAUCAACUUAGACAAGUUGGAGCUCUUAUUAUCUUAUUACCUACCUAGAAUUCCGGUAUAAUGUCUGCCUCGCCCGCCGUGUCGUUAGCCAAACCUGGAGUUGGGCCUGCCUCUCUUUUGUUAUCCCCACCGGCUUGGAGUCAAACGCUUUCGCGAUUGACCGGCUCGAGACGGCAUCGCUAUCCUCGACUACAAACACCUCCUAGUCGCAUAGUUGCUCUGCGGAUACGUUGCAAGACUGAGGCGCAAAAGAAUUCAUACCGUUCUGCCUUUCAGUUCGCCGCUCAACAGCGGUCCGAUCGAUUACCCCUAUUGAUGUUCCAAGCCUGGAUGGCAAAUCAAGAUAUUCGGAAUGAGCCUAAACUAUUCGAGACUAUACACUCCAUCACUGCGUCUGAGUGGGCUGACCGCUUCCAUAGCUUGGCUAACAGGGGCUGGUCGAAGGAAGACGUAAACCAUUGGAUAUGGAUAGUAUCGGGGGAGAACGGAGACGCUCGCGUUCAACGUUUGAUUUCAACUGAAAAUCCUAAACCUAUUUUUCUUGCCACGCUCAUGUCACGUAGUGACGAGACGUUUCGCCAAGCGACAUCUUUACUAUCCCUGAUGGAAUACAUAUCGAAACACCACAUUGAUGUCGGAUCUCCAUCGUUGGGUGACCAUAUAGUGAACCUUACAGUAACACAAAUUUUGCUGCUACUUCGCCGCCUCAGUAAUCAUGUUCGAAGAUCAUGGCCCAGGUUGAUUAUCACACUCUCACGGUUCACGAUGAACUACAUUCAAGGACUGCCCCCCAAUGACUAUCAUAAUAAAUGUGAAGUCUUCAAUUCGGCUUUGCAAUUAUUUAAGCGGCCGGCUGUAGACCAUCCAGUCGCGAAUAUGGAGUUCAAUUGGAGAGCGCAGAGGCUCUUAUUAGCUAUGUCUGAUAGUAUGGAUACCCCCCUGAUCAUUAACAAAGCUAGCUAUAGAGCUAUUCGAGAGGUCAUGAUUGGGCUAAAAAAGUCAAAAACGGAGAAAGUAGUUGCUGUAAGAUACUCGAAAUCCUGGCCGCCGUAUCGGCAAGAUUUUGAUGGGUUUGAUGCGAAAAGAACGGCAGAAGAUGACUACUCGAGAAGCGUAAAGGCUGGCGUUCUCAUGAAGGAGUCUGGUUAUCCUGAUGACGAGUAUGAUCAGGCACUUAGUGUUCUUGGUGGGAUAGGCCGUGAUUCUCCUACCGUGCAGACUCGUAGUCUUGCACCAAAAGAGUGGAAAGGUGAAGAAGAAGACCGGAACAUAUAUUCGCGCUGGGCCAUGAUGAUACGGGCAACCCGCAACCCCCAGGAGGCAUGGAAAAUUUUCAACGACCUUGCUGUCGAAACGGGCAAACCUCCUAACACCCAAGUUUACGCCGAGAUGUUUAUGAAGCUACAAGCUCGCCUCAUCCCCCAAACCUCAACUUCCUUACCAGGUGAAACCGGAGAAAACUUUCCAUUUCAUGACGCCAAUUAUAGUGAAUACGAGCUAGCUAGGUUAUCACCUCCUACAGUUACCGAGUUAUACGAUCAAAUGGUCAGUCAAGGUGUAAAACCGGAGGGUCACUGUCUUAAUAUCUUAUUGAGCAAUGCCAGCUCCCUCCAAGAGGGGGCUCGCUUUCUUCGUGACAGUGGCAUUAACCCUGUUAGUAUCAGCGCACUGGGUCUUUUUAAGAAGCCGUCUUAUGAGGCACUUCGACGAAUCCCUCUCUCAGUUUUCAAGAGCUAUAUACAACUUCUUUGUAGAUUACAGCCUAAUCGUCGGGGCCAAGAAAAGCUCCCUCUUGAUCAACUUUUCCGCAUCCGACAUGCUAUUAACCUCAUUAAGUUUCGACUAAGACCGGGAACUACCGAAGGCUCUACAUUCCGACCGCCUUGGGUUAUUAUCCUAAGGGCACUGGCGCGACCACACCUAUGCGUGAUAAAUGACACACAGGCGAGCAAUGAUGCGGCGGCUCUAUCAAUAUCUAUGGAUGUUAUCCAAUUCGCGCAGGAAACAGUAGGACUAGACCCGGAUAUUUUUCUUUAUUUAUGUCGUACAGUUCAAAAGGCGGCGGUAUCCCGACUAGAAUCUCUAGACUCAUCGACAGUCGAAAACAGUACGAUAGAGACCCCUUUAAUACACCAUUCUCAUGAUGUCCUAGAAACAUUAAGGUCACUCUUCUCUCAAGUCACUAUGCCGAUACAGAUAUCCAGAACAGAGUAUGAGAGGCUCAAGGCACCUCAAUUUGUAUAUAACAUAGGCCCUGCUCAUCUUCACGCCUAUAUGCGCGCUUUAGCUUUCCUCGAGGACACAGCUACGAUGAAAAAACUGUUACAAUGGAUAUUAACACAUAAAGCUUAUGUUGACAAAGAAGCUGAGCGGAUAGAAAGUCGUGGGUAUGCACUGAUAGCGAAGACGCUAUGUGCCUUUCAAGCCUUUGCCGGUCCAAGUCUUAGGCAUGACGAGCAGGAGGACCUGAUAUCCCGGAUGGAAAAUACUACAGAGACUAGAGGCUCCUGGAGAUGGCCGACACCGGAAGAAGUCGACACCUAUGUACAGUCCGAUUUACGUGGCGGUUCCUGGCGACUUCAGCGGAGGAUUUUAGCCAAGCUGUGGCAUAAAUCCUCCCAGGAGGAGAGUGAAAAGGAAAUGAGCUAAAUAUCUAAAUAAAUAAAUGUACACCAACGAUAUUAAAAAUACCCCAUCAUGAUAUACCUCAACAUACUAUAUUUUCGCUUAGAAUCAC